CUUUUCCCUUCCUUAUUACUUAAAUCCCCGUUCCUCAGUCAUUAACUACCCCGGAGCACUUUCUUCUGGAAAAGGGAAAGAUUCACUCAAACCUCACCCCUUUGAAACCCCCUACAAAUCAUUGACAGAGGCUUUCCAGUUGGGAUGUACCCGCCAAUGGUUGUGUAGUUCAUCAACCCCUUGUUACCUAACGUUUAAACGAUCUCUCGUCUGAAGGAAUCCUCCAGCCACCACGACCACGGCCACGACCACUCCACAACGCGGACCAGCACGACUGCUGAGUAUCAGGCUCGUGUCGGUUUUCUCCGUAGGCCGGGUCACCUGUUCCGUUUCUCUUCUGUAGAGGCACGCGUGACUUCGCUUUUGACCCUCUACCACCCGUCUACGAUUCUUUUGGUUUUGACGUAUCAAUAUUUUGCGAAGGAGACGGGGCUUCAGGAAAUACGCACCAUUCCAGGAAAAAGAAAGAAAUCGCUCCACCUACCAAACCCGCAACGUCACCGUAAUCCAGCCGAUUCCAUUCACACGGAAUGACGUUCCUCUUCUGUAUCAACGCAGUGGGUUUCAACGCCGAAAAUAUCUGAACCUGUCCCUCGGAAAUACGAUCUAUACUUUUCGUUUUUGUUCAACACUUUUUCUGACAUGGAGUCGUUAACACUCCAGGUACGCCGUGGUGAAGAAACAAUCGAAUGUUGGGACGAUGAUGACGACCUACAAUGCUACGAGGACAUCCAAUUACGCACCGCAUCAAGUGCCACAUCAGUAACUAAUUCAUCUAUUCGUCGGUCUGGUCACCGAGAUUCAAUUUCCUCUCGUCGUUCCGGACGCUCCGAUCUUGACUCCAACUUGGGUGAAGACGAGGAUUGGCAAGUUCAACUAUUGGAUAAUGAAGAAGGUGUGAACGAAGAAGCCAUAGCGUCUGCCAAAAGUGCAGGAAUUCCUUUACCUGCAAACUUGCCCAGGUCAGCUCUCGUCGGGGGCACUAUUAAACGCCUGGGGCGGAGGAAACCUAAGCAAAACUUUGUUGAUGACUGGUCCGAAGACGUGGAGUUCCCAGGACCAGAUGGUGUCUUGGAGUUAAGGAGUCCACAAGAGUCGACGUUCCCGGAAUCGCUCCGGCAGAUUAGCUCUGCUGCUACGAGCCCUGUGAAAACGUCGGCCUCACCCUUCUGGAGUGAUGACAUUUCUUCCCACUUGCAGUCUGCACUCGCAAAUUUGGAUAGCUACCCGGUCGAUGAUAGUGUCGACGAUGCAGAUGAUGUUCCUACAAUCAGAGCUCCAGUAUCUCGGUCUCCGCAGAGGAAUGGUUUCCUUAGCAAUUCGAAGCCUGACAAACAGAACCGUGACUCAGAGGACUUUGAGCAGGAUUUUGAAUUGCCGGCAGAUGACCUGCCUUUACAACUAUCACAUCGACAGCGGAUCUCGAGGAUUUCAAGUCCUACGCCGGAUGAAUUAGAUAUUGACUGGUCCGAAGGCAGUAUUGGUGUCCGAUUUGGUGGUACUACAAGGGAUCAUCGAUCGAAUCCAAGCUCUUCGGUCUCUGUAGUCAGUCCCAGUGCUUCCAGUUGCCUAACUGCGGAGAGUGAGGAUGAAGGUCUAGACGGCCUCAUCAUCCCUGACGGACCUUUGGACUUAGAGUCAUCUCUUAAGAAGCGGCAAGAACCGAAGUAUGUAAACUUAAGCCACCCGAAACUAGCGAAGCCAAGCCGUGAGUCGGCCAGCACAGAUAACUUCUUCUCGGGUCUUGAAAUCGAGGACGAUGACGUCUUUGAUUCAAGAAGGCUCUCGAUAAAUCCAAACGUUAAAUGCAAGACGGAACGUCCUGGCAGCCCAGCCAGGCGUUCGGCAACUACUCUGACCUUCACGCACACAACAGGUUCCCCGAAGACUCGGAUACCCCGUCUUUCUAAUCACGAUCGUCCGCACUCAACACACCUGGAAACCGUUUCAGAAAGCGGUGCUCCUCUAUCGAAGUUCCGGACGCCUCCAUCACGAGGAGGGGGGCAUUCUUCGCAUUCAUCACUAUCUAGUCUUACACCAUCUGGAUCUACAUUAAUGUCCCCGAUUAACUCCGCUCCAAAUAGACGACAUGUCGGUUCGCGAGUCCCAAAGAGCUCCGUCGGUAGCGAACGUAUCACUGCGGGAAACCAGCUACUGAAAAAGAAACGGUCAAUGCCAUCGAUGCGAAACACACAACAGCCAGCGACACCAUCUUUCCAGCGCUCCCCUUCUCGCCUAGACGGAUCGAGCUUUUCUACCAUCCGACCAAGAACUCCGGUUGAUCGCGCAAAUGACGUGAGAGCAUUGAACCGUAAAUCACAUGCACCGUUUAUCCCAGCUGGGGCGUCAGAAAAUCAGUCACACCAUGCCAGUGUCAAAAGUUACCGGCCAUCCCGUCGUACAAAUUCGGAUAGCUCCAAUGACACAUUCAAUUCGCAAGCGCCAUCUCGCCUGUCUCGGUCAAAUCGCCAUGAUGCUUUCGGUAACAGUAUAAAUGAUUCAAGUCCCGAGGCCUUAGUCACUUCCUCAAAGAGAACACUUACCCGCCCAACCCGUCGGCGUAACUUUGGUGAUGGUACUGAGCUGGCAUCGUUUGAUGACUUGCCAACGUCUACUUCAGCAGAAAGCCGAUUCGUGAAGCUUCCUUCUGGACGUGGAGCCCCGCGGUCUCUUCGAAGUAGGCUGAAUCGAAGCCACACCAUACCAGCGAGGACACAAACUCCUACCCCUCAACAAUCGGUACUCGGUACUACCUCAAAAUCUCAUGACUCCACCCCCAGAUUUGCACGGGACACCAACGCUUCAAGAAACGCAAGGGAGCAGCGCAUCGCCUCGAUGACAUUCAACGCAAAGGCUCGUGAGAAUGCCUCGCUUACCUCUUUGAACGCAAUCUGGAAAGCACAAACAGUCUCGCGGGUUCCUUUAACCUCGGCAAUAAGAAGCAGAAAGGGUAGACCGGCUAUUGCGGCUGGAUGCAAACCACACUUAAUUAAACCUUUGGGAGCAGGUGUCCAGGAGCCCAAAUCUGUAAAUGGCAUGCAAUAUAACCCUACUGCUUUCCGUUGGGAAGGAAAUGAAGGCUUGAUUCGGGAGUUUGAAAAGGGUUCACCCAAAUCACCAAAGCCAGCACCCGCUCUUAUCACUAAUGUAGGCGCGAUGCAGAAUGUGCAGGUAGUUGGUGGGAUGGUGUUCGAUCCACAACGUAUGUGCUGGCUUAAACUGGCGCCACUGCAACCAGGGACAAAAGGGCUGGUGGCAAUCCAGGAUGAGGAUGAUGUUUUCGCCGGUCUUGGUGACCUCGACGACAAGACUAGCAGUUCCAGACUGCGAAACUCGAGUACCUAUGACGAUUUUGGGUUCGGUGGGAGCGGUGAUGAUCGAAGCUGUGGGGAUUCGUCAGACGAGUGGCCUAUGACGGAAGAAUUUGAUGUUGGCCCAGAAUUCAUCAGGCGUCAGCGCGCAGAAGAAGAAAAAUGGAGACGUAAAGUUGAUAGGUGGGUCGGCUUCGAUCGUAUGAGAUUUGGGGACGGCUGGCGAUGGGCUAUUCGAGACUUGGUGCAAUUUAACAGUACGUGGGACCACAAUGGUGGGUGAUCAUCAAGGCAUAUUGAACACAUACCCUUUCUGUUCCCACCACCCUCUGGCGAAAAGGGCGAUGGAAAAGUAACGAAAAAAAGAAGAGAGAGGGCCGGGAGGAGGGUAAGAGGGAAGAAAAAAGAAAAAAAAAAAAACCUAAGGAAGAAUGGGAAGGUUGGUGAAAGAGAAGUUGAAGCAGUGAUACCCAUUGGAGACAUUGGGGUUAUACUUCAUUGGUCGAUGCUCCACCUCCAACACUUCAAAUAUUUUGAUGAUGGUAAGAAACGUUUUCACGAUAGUGGGAUAACCCUAUUUGUGGUUAAGCUGCAAUGGGCAUCCUGCAUGAGGUUAUGACUAAAGGCUAUGGACUCCUUGACCUUAAUGAACCGGUCGAUGCUAUGAUCUUCCUCUCUGUCUGCUUUUCUUAAAAUAGGAUGUCGUGCCUUAUGGGAGUAUCGAUACUAAAGAAGCAGGAGCUCUAUGUAUUUAUAACUGCCGCGGUAUAUACCUCUUCAUGUAAAUGAUUCAAAUUCUCGUACCGACUCCAUGUCCAUUAAUGCAUCAGCCGUUCCGUUUGUAUUAGACUAAGAAUAUCGCUCUAGGUAGCGAAUCCGAGCAUGGGAUCGC